UCAGAAAGAAGGAUCUCGAGAGUUCGAACUCAACGAAGAGGCCCUCAUGAGCGUCUUACAUAGACCUGAAGUGCGCGAUACUGCCCUCUGCGUGGUGUCUAUUGCAGGGGCCUUCAGGAAGGGCAAGAGCUUCUUCAUGAAUUGUCUCCUGAAAUACUGCAUGAAUAAAGGCUCACCAGACUGGCUGGGUCAGGGUGAGCAAUUGCAGCCAAUUGGAGGCUUCGUCUGGAGAGCAGGUAUGGAGAGAGAGACCACCGGAAUAUCUAUCUGGAGCGAGCCUUUCCUCUUCACUAAAUCAACGGGCGAAAAAGUUGCUGUGAUCCUUAUGGACACCCAAGGCACUUUCGAUUUGGAAACAUCGGCACAGGAAUCCACGUUCAUAUUCGCCCUGACUCUGCUGGCCUCUUCUGUCACUGUCUACAACCUGAUGAACCAGAUCCAGGAGGACGACCUCAUGAACCUUCAAACUUUCAGCUCAUAUGGCGUCCUGGCUCAGGAAAAUAGUCAAGGCACGCGUUCAUUUCAGAAGCUGAUGUUCCUCGUGCGCGACUGGAGUCAUCCAACUGACCAUGCGUACGGUCACAAGGGAGGCCAAGUGGUGCUGGAAAAAGUGUUAAACGUGAAGGAGGAACAGGAGCCGGCGCACCAGAGGUUGAGACAAGGCCUCCGUCAGAGUUUUGAGGAGCUGGAGUGCUACCUCAUGCCUCAUAUUGGCCUUAGCGCCUCGCGGAACCCCAAUUUCAAGGGGCACCUUGAACAGUUAGACCCGUUAUUCGUGGAGCAUCUGAAGCUGCUGGUGCCUCGCCUGCUGGCGCCUGAGAACCUCGUGGUGAAGCGCUCAUGUGUGACGCUGGGGAAGCCCGCCACGGCAGACGAGCUGGUGGAGCUGUUCAGAACCUUCAUAAAAUUCUUCAAUGAUGGAAAUCUGGUCCAGGCUACAAGCAUGGUUGAGUUGAUGUCGCGUAUGGCCAGUGAGGCAGCUCGCAAAAGAGCCCUUGAGGUCUACAGGGAAGCCAUGGACUCGAUAAUCAAGUCCGAUGGGGAAGAUCCUCAGGCGGCAGUUCUGGUUGAACACCACUUCGAGUCAAGCAAAGAAGCCCUUGCAGUUUACGCCAAGGAGAACCCGUUCGCCAAAAACUGCGCCAUAUUCCCAAUUGCUGAUGAAAUAAGAGAAGAACUCAAGUCG